AUGCCUCCCCGAAUACCAAGACCAAUUCUGUCGCCCCUAAGCGGUUCCAGUUUAUGCAUUCGGCCAGCUACCGCUACCAAAGCAUUCAAAGGGCCCCUUCCCACGACCUUAACGGCCAAUGGCUCAACAUCCGCUCGAAAGAAGCAACGGGACCCCUAUGCGAUAGCCCAGGCGGCUCAGAGAAAAGCUGCCAAUGUAGCUAGGCAGAGGGUGCUACAGGAAGAGAGAACAGCAGCGAUGGGUGAUCCCAUCCGAGGCAUAAGAACUCCCUUUGUGGAAUCAUUCGACGACGUGGGAGGCGCAGCAGUGCUCUCAGAAAAGAAGGCAGAAGAUGGUUCCUUGCAGGGCCUCGAAGUCAAAACGGGUGACAAUGUGUUCCUCAAUCACUUCGUCAAACCCUCUGAGUUUGAGGAAUCCAUCAUACGCUCACACCUAUUGUCGAGACCACUAAGAGAAAAGCUCGAACAGUAUCGAGAUCCAGCCAAGGAAGCGGAAGAGCUGCAGAAGUAUGAGGAGGAGCACGAACGAGCCAUGGCUGCGUUGACCCGUAUUGUCAGUCUGGCAAAUGCAAGUCAGAAGGAUAAGACGAGGGCCAAUAUCCAGCGGUGUAUACAGACAUUUGGGCGCCACGAGACAGACUCUGUUCUUAGACCCCGACCGCCGAUCAAUCCCGUGGCUUUGGGGGGCAAGCCAUUGGCAGUGGGUACCCCUAGGGCAGGUCCGGACACAGGAAGCUCAGAGGUGCAAAUUGCAAUCUUGACGGCCAAGAUCAACGUGUUAGCGAACCAACUGGAGAAGAAGGGCGGGACUAAGGAUAAGGUCAACAAGCGAAAUCUUCGGUUGAUGGUUCAUAAGAGACAGAAGCUCUUGAGCUAUUUGCGGAAGAAGGAGCGCGGGAGUGACCGAUGGCAGAAUCUGGUCAGCACCUUGGGAUUGACAGAGGGGACUUGGAAAGGUGAAAUCAGCCUGUAA